AGAUCGUGUGCGUUCGCAAACAAAACAUGGCCGGCGUUGGACCUGCGAACGGUCCUCUGUCCGAUGAUCUAAGUAAUUUAAACAACGAAGUUCAAACAUGGGCCUCUUUAUCUCUCACCCACGUCGAGUACCCUGCAGGUGACUGGUUAGGGAAAAUCCUUGCAUACAUCUCCCUUUCACCGUUGGUGGUUCUCGUUUCGUUUGGCACACUGAUUAUUUUUAGGAGAGAUUUGCACACGAUCACAUUCCUCUGUGGAACCAUACUCAGCGAAGGCAUCAACUUCAUACUUAAACAUGUGAUAAAGGAAGCCAGGCCGUACAAAGCUCGUGAUAACUACACAGAGUAUGGCAUGCCAUCCAGUCACUCCCAGCUGAUGUGGUUUGUGGCAACCUACUUGGCCUUCUUUGUGCUAAUUCGCCUCCAUCAUGGUAGCAGCAGCAGCAGCUGGCCUUGGGAGAAUCUGUGGAAGCAUGCUGUGAUAGUCUGCUGGUUCCUGCUGGCAGGAGUGGUUUCAUACAGCAGAGUGUACCUUCAGUACCACACAUGGGCCCAGGUGUGCUGGGGGGCCCUGAUCGGCUCGCUACUUGCCUGCCUCUGGUUUUCUGUCACCCAGUUUGUACUCACGCCCCUCUUUCCUCGCGUUGUGUCCUGGCCCGUGAGCGAGCUCCUCAUGCUGAGAGAUACCACUUUGAUACCCAAUGUUAUGUGGUUUGAGUACACCUCAUACCGGGCUGAAUCGAGGACGAGACAACGAAAACUGGUGUCGAUGAAGUCUCAGUGACACAGGGAAGACUGCCUUCGUGGUGAUCGUCACAUGAGGCAACGAGACGUGAGGGCAAAGCGAGAACUGAAACUACUGUCAUUUUCCUUUUCCGACUCCUUGUUCCUUGGAGAACCGAAACUAGGCAGGACCGGCCGGCCGUCUCACAACGAAAGUGACGGCCAGCGCGAGGAAGCCAACGCUUGUUGCAAGCGCCGCAUGGGGGGGAAAAAUACAUCGAGGCAAGCGCCACUCAUUCCAGCAACAUGUGCAACCUGUCACGUCAUCCCCCGAACACGUCCCCCCAGGACUCACGUUUGGCAAACCCCGCACGCAGACGGGUCGGAAACACCUCGUUGGCCCCGGCAGCACCUCUGCUUUACCGAGCUGCAACAAGAACAAACUUGUCUGACAGUAAGCGGUAUAAACUUGUCUGCAUCCCUGUAGUCGCCGACAAAACAAGAACUGCAGGCAGGCCUCGCAGUUGUCCCGCCUCGGAUGCAGGCUUUCUACCUUCGAUAACACUUGGACGUUUACUGAGCUUCGAACGGAAGGCAAUGAGCAAGUACUGGAGCCUCAGCAUGGGAAAGGGAUGCCCUGUCGUUCUCGUGCUGGUGGUGAUUACAGUUAAAGCGUUUCUUUACUUCUGCUAGUGGAGUUGGCCGACUCUUGUCACUGUGGGGACUGGGGGUUCAAACGAUACGUUCGCGUGUAGAGGAAAGCACGGUUUCACAUUUGAAUUGCACCGGCCCACAUUCCGUGUCUGUUACAUGACGCGCAUCGACCCAACGCUGGGCCUGCCUUUCCGUAAUUUUUCGAUUGCUGCCGCUUUGAAAUUAUCGCCACUUUGUGGAGAAAAACAGUCGGUCCCACCGAUCUCGAGCUUUCACACCGACUUUUGAACUGGGCUCUGGAGGGAAAUAAAGACUUUUGCUUCUUA